AUGCCGCGAAUACAUCUCGGCGUGUACCUGACAUCCGGCAACGAGACGUCAAACGCCGUGCGAUAUGCUCUCGACGCUGGGUAUAAGGGCUUCGACUCCGCGCAGAUGUACCACAACGAGCGCGAGGUCGGCACUGCCAUCAAGUCAUUCCUCGCAAGUACCGCAAACAAGGACGGCUUGACCCGCGACGACAUCCACUUCACCUCGAAACUCGCCUCCAACAGCGCAUACGACGCCGCGCGCAAGUCGAUAAAGCAGAGCGUCAAGACGUGCGGCCUCGGCCACAUCGACCUGUUCCUCUUACACAGCCCGUACGGCGGGAAGCACGCCCGGCUGGACAGUUGGCGGGCCGUCGAGGACGCGAUCAUGGACGGAGAGGUCAAGUCUGGCGGUGUCAGCAACUACGGGAUCAAGCACCUGAAAGAGCUGCUCGACUCGAAACCGCGCAUCAAGCCCGCUGUGAACCAGAUCGAGGUUCACCCCUUCAACACCAGGACAGAGAUUUGCAAUUUCUGCCAGGACAACGACAUUGUAGUUGAGGCGUAUGCGCCGCUUGUACGCGCGCUGAGGAUGAAGCAUCCGACGAUUGUCUCGCUGUCAAAGAAGUAUGGGCGUACACCUGGGCAGCUCCUUGUGAGGUGGAGUCUCCAGCAUGGCUACGUGCCGCUGCCGAAGAGUGUGAGGAGGGAGCGGAUCAUGGAGAAUGCGGGUAUCGAGAACUUUGAGAUUGAAGACGCGGACAUCAAGAAGAUGGAUGGACUGGAUGAGUAUCUUGUGACAGAUUGGGAUCCGACAGACUGCCCGUGA